AAUUUUCCAACAAGUCAAAUUACGAAGACUUUCCAACAAACUUCGCAGCACCUACCUACCUCGUUCGUGUACACAAAUGAUACACUUUCAAAAUGGAGGGGGAUCCGGACUCCAACCAAAUUAAGCAAUAACACACUUUCAAAAUCAAACAUUGAUUCUUAUCAUGACAAUAUCCUUUGAUUUCAAACACGAUGUUUUCUUGGGUUAUUUUAGUAAUAACAAUGGAACCACCACCAACUCAUUUGUUAAUCAUCUCUAUGGAGGUUUAGUUAACAAAGGAAUCAACACCUUCAUCAAAGAAUACGGUGAAAUCAAAGCUUGCAUUGAAGAAAUUGAAAAUUCAAGAAUGUCAAUUGUUGUGCUAUGUGAAAACUAUGCAUCUUCCACUUCAUGUCUUGAUGAACUUGUCAAGAUUACUCAGUAUAUUGACAACAAAAGUAGAAAUGUAGCUGCAAUAUUCUACAAAGUUGAACCGUCAGAUAUACGGAAACAGAAACAUUCUUAUGAAGUAGCCAUGGCGGAACAUGAAAAGAUAUAUGGGAAAGAGUCGGAGAUGAUUAAGACAUGGAGGAAUGCUUUGACUAGAGUUUGUGAUCUAAGUGGAGUACAUUGCAAAGAUGAUGUGUAUGAAUCUGUGCUCAUAGAAAAGAUUGUUAAAGACACAUUCACUAAAGUGGCUCCUGCACCAGUACAAAUGAAGCACAUAGUUGGACUUGAUACUCGUUUUGAGGAUGUGAAAUCAGUUUUAGAUAUUGAGUCUAAUGAUACCGUUCGAGUGAUGGGAAUUUAUGGAGCUGGUGGAAUAGGAAAAACAACAUUUGCAGCCUAUUUAUAUGACAAGAUUAGGCACCUUUUUGAAGCAUCAGCUUUUCUUCUUCAUGUCAGAGAAGAAUCAAACAAAGGCAUCAAAGGCCUCGAAGAUCUGCAAAAGAUACUUUUAUCUCAGUUGGGUGAGGAUAUAGGCACAAUGGUGGGAAGCACAUUUAAAGGAAGUGUUGAAAUCAAACGCAGGCUUGGCAAGAGAAGAGUUCUUCUAGUUUUGGAUGACAUCGAUGACAAAGGAAACUUGAACUUACUGGUUGGCGCACGUGAUUGGUUUGGUUCCGGUAGUAGGAUCAUAAUAACAACAAGGGAUGAAACUUUGCUAGAUAGUCAUGACGUUGAAAUUAAUAAAUAUAAAAUGGAGGUGUUAACUUAUCGCGACUCGCUAGAACUCUUUUGUUGGAAUGCCUUUGAUAAUAACAGACCUGCAGAAAACUUUGAAUACAUGUCUAAUCGUGCAGCGAACUAUGCAAAUCGUAUACCGUUGGCUUUAUGUGUAAUAGGUUCAAAUUUGAAGGGUAAAAGCAUAGAAGAAUGGGAAAGUGAAUUGGGAAAAUAUAAGAUGGUUCCACAUGCUGAUAUUCAAGGUGUACUAGAAAUAAGCUACUAUAGUUUAUCUGAAUUAGAGAGGAAAAUAUUUUUGGACUGUGCUUGCUUCUUCAAAGGUGAAAAAUGGGUAUAUGUUGAAAGGAUAUUAAAGGGUUGUCAUUACUCCCCAAGUUUAAGAGUGUUUGCUUCUAAGUGUCUAAUGACUAUCGAUGAAAAUGGCUGUUUGAUGAUGCAUAGUCUAAUUCAAGACAUGGGUAGAGAAGUUGUUAGAAAGGAGUCUCCAUUAAUCCCUGGUAAUCGCAGAAGGUUAUGGUAUCAUAAAGACAUUCUUCAAGUACUCGAAGGGAAUUCAGGAAGCCGCAAUAUUGAAGGAAUAAUGUUUCAUCCUCCUACACAUGAGGUAGUUGAUCAAUGGACUAAUACUUCUUUUGAAAAGAUGAAGAAUCUCAAAAUUCUUAUCGUUAGGAAUGCAACAUUUUCAACAGGACCAAGUAGUUUACCGAAUAGUUUACGGCUACUUGACUGGAUGGGGUUCCCAUCAAAGUCAUUUCCACCUGAUUUUUAUCCCGAGAAAAUUGUUGACUUCAAAUUAUCACAUAGUCCUCUGAUAUUGGCAAAUCCACUUCAGACAUUUGAAGAUUUGACAUUCAUGAAUCUCUCCGAUUGUCUAUCGAUAACUCAAAUGCCUGAUCUGUCAGGAGCAAAAAAUUUAAGAGUAUUCACAAUUGACAGAUGCCAUAAAUUGGAAGGGUUUCAUAAAUCCUUUGGAUUAUAUAUGUCCAAACUUGUGUAUUUAAGUGCAUCAGAGUGUACCAUGCUCAAAACUUUUGUGCCAAGAAUGUAUUUUCCAUCCCUUGAAGUAAUUUCGUUUAACUUCUGCAAAAGACUCGAACACUUCCCGGAUGUAAUGCGAAAGAUGGAUAAGCCGUUAAAGAUUCACAUGAUAAAUACUGGUAUUAAAGAGUUCCCAGAGUCCAUUGAUAAACUUACAGGGCUUGAAUAUGCAGACAUGUCAACCUGCGAGCGACUCAUAAAUCUAUCAAGAGGGUUUUUAUUGUUGCCGAAACUUACCACAUUAAAAGUUGAUGGAUGUUCUCAGCUUCGAAAAUCAUUUAGAAGGUUCAAAGAGAGCCAUUCAAUAGCAAAUGGCUGCCCAAAUAUAAAGGAGCUGUGUUUCAGCAAGGCUAAUCUAUCAUGUGAAGAUCUUUACAUGAUUCUUGAAAUACUUCCGAAAUUGGAAUAUUUGAAUGUGUCGGACAAUGGAUUUGUCUCCCUUCCAGAAUGCAUCAAAGGAUCUUCGCAGUUGAAAAGUCUUGAUAUAAGCUUUUGCAGGAACCUGAUGGACAUUCCACAACUUCCAUCAAGUAUUCAGAAAGUAGAUGCAAGAUACUGUCAUUCCAUAACUCCAAAAGCAUCAAGCAUGCUAUGGUCCAAGGUUUGCGAAGAAAAGCAAAGAAUACAAGUAGUGAUGCCUAAAACGGAAAUUCCAAAUUGGUUUUAUUGUGUUGGCAGUGAAGAUAUUCCUGUUUUUUGGGCUCGCCGGAAUUUCCCAGUCAUUGCAUUAGCAUUCGAGUUUGGUGAAAUCAAAGAGAAUGGUGAAAUAAAGAUGGACACUUUCACCUCAGAAAUCUUUCCUGGAAUGUCCUCAGAUAAGUCUUCUCAUUUUGUUGGUCUGCAUUUGUUUGUAGAGGGACAAGAAAUAUCUCGCAAAGAUUACCAUUACUGCAUUGUCGGCGAACAUCAUGUGUUAAUGUGUGAUCUUAGGACUUUGUUUAACGAUGAAGAGUGGCAGGGUCUUGAUGCAUCUUUUGGAGAUGAGUGGAAGAAAAUUCAGGUUCAAUUUGAAUCACAGUUGAUUAUUAAUCAUUGGAGAGUUUAUGUGUACAAACAGAAAACAAAAGAUGAUGAUAUCCAAUUCAGCUUUCCCUAUUCAACAGACUAUGUACCAAUUCCAUCACCAAAUUUGGUUCCAAAAAAAUCUCUAAACCAGAAAAUAAAACAUAUACAAAGUCUUGAUCAGGUAGAAGCAUUUGGCCAGUACUUAAAUACUUUCAGAUCAAAACAAUCUGCCACUGUUGCAAACGAACUAUUGAGGUGGUGUAGGUACACUAGAGGGGGGCCUCCUUCAGCAUGUGUCUAUGAGGCAAGUUUAAUGCAAGAACACGAAGACAGUGUGUGGAAUGCGGCGCUGAUUUUGGAGAUGAUGAGGAAUGUGGUGAAUCAUAUUUCCGAAACAAAAGUUCAAAGUGCAGUCCAUUUGGUGGUUGAAUUAUUGACAACAAGGGCACAACAUGUAAAGGAAAAAGGCCAUGAGGUUUUGAACAUCAAUAUGAGUAUGCCAAUUAUACUAGAGGAAUGUGAAUGUCACCGUUUUAUAGGUUCAUCAUCUCAAUUUGGAUCCUCCCCGACCGUCCUAACUCUGCAACAGAAAAAGACACAAAUGGGACGACAGAGAGAGGCUCCGAGCCGUCACUAUUGGGGAAGUGUUGAGUUAAAAGAAGGAGAUACACUUGUGUGGAGAAUUCGGAAAGGCAAAGAAUCCAUGAGGGGGAGUGUAAGCAAUAUUGUUGUUCUAUUGAAAUGCCAACAUUGUUCCUUAGUGAAAGCUUCAAGUUCUAGUAAUGUAGAGUCUUUGGAGGAAGAUUACAAGGAUCCUGAAGUGGAAGAUUUAUUGAAGAGGAUUGAGAAAGAUGCAAUGAGAUUGAAUAAAUCUCAAGGGAAGCUUAAGGCAUGUAUAAUUCAAAUGGAUGUAACAGUUUGUAACAGAUAUUUGAUGGAAAUGGCAAUCAUCAGAGGACAAGAAAUAUUGGGAAGGUUUGGAUCUAAUUUCGAAAAGACGCCUUAUGGGAAGUUAAGGGUGGAUAUUAAUGGUAAGAGUAGUAAUAUUACUAUGCAGCAUGAGUUGGAGGGUGAGAGACAAGAUACUAAUAGUAAUCAGAAUCAGAUGAUUUGGGUAAAGAGUCUUCUCAGGUGGAUUGGACGCUCAUAAUGUCAGUGAAGACCGAAUGGAGAAACUUUUUCCACUCCCAUAUUUCGAAAAAUCCACACAUGUUUUCAUAAGUGUGCUUUCGAAUGGCAUAAUAUCAGAGUUGUUGGUUUGAGAGAGAAAAAAUCUAACUAUGUACACUGUGAGCAUAGAGGACGCUCUAUCAAACAACAUGGAAAGCUGGAAUUGAUGUUCUUACUGGUUUGCUACUGAAAUUGUGUAUUCUUGUACUUUUGGAGUCAACUGUAGGGGAAAUUGUGCUGCUUUAUGGUACACUGAUGCAGAAGUCUUUAAGCAGUUACUUGGUGAGGAAAGCAGGAGCAAGGAAUGGAGUACAUUUAUGAUGUUUGUACAACACAAAUUUGUUGUCAAAUUGUUGUCAAGUGUAAUUUGAGUACAUUUUUGAAAUAUUUCUAAAGUGUAGAGUAUAAUAGAGAAAUGAUAUUUUGACAACCAUUUUUGUACAACUUCAACACUAUUUUAAGUCCUUUUAGUUUUCUUUAACAAUUUUAAGUCCCAUAAUUAGUUGUCAACAAUUGAUUGUUUAAAUAACACCGCGGGAUAAAAAGUACGUUAGAGAGGUAGAGACAAGUGUCACAUUCGUUAUUAAAGUUCUACAUGCCGAUAAGUAUCUGAUCUAUAUUAUGGUGAUUAUCUAAUUUAAGUAGAGACUACUUUCUAUGCUUCGAUUAGUUACUAUUAAUGCAUUUUGCCUUGUCAAAAGAACACUAGAGGGGAGAGGACCUUCUUCAGUAUGUGUGUAUUGUUGGGGAGUUCUGGAAAAAUUGGAAGAAACAACACAUCAAAUGUUCUACAAGAGAGAAACGUUACAUCGCCACUCAAACGCAUGACCAUAAUAAUACUCUAGAAAAUAAAUUAAUCGUAAGAGUAUAGUAAAAGAAUUGAGAAAACAAUAAGCCGAUAAGGAUUAGAAAUUGAGAGUUCAAAAGUCUACACAUUUGAAAGAAACGUUUAGGAGAGAAAAUGUCUAACUUUAAUGGCCUACUAAGAUGUGUAGUAGA